AUGAGGACCGUGGCAAUAUACGGCCUAGGUGGCGUCGGAAAGACGCAAAUUGGGCUGGAAUAUGCGCAUCGCUAUAGGUCGCUAUACCAAGCUUGUUUUUGGAUCACCUGCGACACGGUAGUGAAGACCACGCAAGGAAUUGUCGAGAUUGCCCGGCUUCUCGACCUUCAAGGAUUCGAUCUUGUCCAGACUCAUGCCUUGGCCGCUGUCAAGAACUGGCUGUGCACCUGUGAUGAAAAGUGGCUUGUAAUCUUCGACAAUGCUGGAAAUCCGGACGACAUUGCUGAACUUUGGCCAUCGUCUUCGGAAGGAUCAAUACUGUUGACUAGUCAAAACUCGCACUGGAAAGUGCAGGAAAACCUCGGAUUUGCUCUGCGAGUCAACUCACUUUCACCUUCAGACGGAGCCACGAUGCUGCACAACAUCAUGAUUAAACAAGGGAAAACGAUCACUCUAGAGUCCGCUGCUGCUAUCGUCAAUGAAGUCGAUGAACUGCCUUUGGCAAUUCGACAAAUCGGUUCGUAUAUGAGUACUACUAACAUGGAACCACAAAUAUUCCUCGACAAUUAUCAGUAUAGGCGCACGGCCUCUCAUGUAGACGCCUGGGACGAGAGUUGUCCACCGAGUUAUACCCUCACAUUGGCGACGCUCAGUGAUCCAUUCAGGUCGCAAAGCAUGCUCGCACCAGAUGGAACACCCUCAACGAUGACCGAAGAAAUACAACUGGCCAACGCCUACAACAAUCUGGCCGGGAUAUAUUGUGCGCAGGAAAGGUAUUCUGAUGCUGAGCUUCAUAAUCGUCUGUCGUUGGCCAUGAAAAAGCGUUGGGAGCACCGUGGCGGGCUGGAAUAUCUUUUGAGCCUCUCGUAUACCAAUUUGGCGAUCGUCCACGGUCAGCAACGGAACUACGACGAAGCUGCAAAGGAUUUCGAGAAAGCCUUGGCUAUCGGAGAUGGUAUCGCCUAUACUCCGAGACGAGCUCUCUUGGAUCUUCUCUUCGAGGCUUUGCGAGUUCUCAAAACAACGAGUCGAGACUCUAGCGCUGAUAGGUGCCGCAUCGCACGAACCAAAUUUAAGCUGUCACUGGUACUUCGCGAUCUUGGAGAUCCACGUGCUCCGGUGUUCAAAAAAGAAGCACAGGAACUGAAGCUUCGGGAGGCUGGAUCAGCAAGCGAUCCGGAACUUGAGGAGUCAUACGAUGCUUUAGUCGCGUAUAUCUAA